CCAGGCUGUACAGGCUUUCUUGUGGGUUCUACGUACACCAUAUAGAGUGCGAGUUUACCAUCAUGCCCUCCAGUCCGAAGGGGUAUCGGAGGAUCUUAGCCGUCCUUGUGUUUCACAGACUUAAGUUUUGACUUGGGGUGGAGCACCGGAGCAGAAGCGCUCCAGCCCAUCAUCGGCAUGGAUAUGGCCACGCUCCUCUGCUUCUCUUCGGAGGUUGGGGAGUGGGUCGAGAAGCACGUCCAUUACCCUCUCCCGCCCCGGCCGUGGGCUGCCAUCUGCGUGCUCUCGCACCUCGGGAGGCUCUGGUGGGUCGACCUCUCAUGGGGCGUCAUCACCUGCGACCCCUUCGCCGACGAGCCGGUCCUGGGCUUCAUCCCGCUCCCUGCAGAGAGGGUGCUCAAGUGCAGGGAAGGUUGGGGAAUCGCCGACAAGUACCGCUGCGUGGGGGUGAGCGGCGCCAACCUGCGUUUCGUGGACAUGUACCCUCGUAGCGGGUGCGCUCCCAAUGUCGCCGUGUGGACUCUGGCCGUGUGGACGCUGCCCGAUGCGGACUCCAUGGAGUGGACGCUGGAGCAGGAGGCGAGGUUUACAGAGAUCUGGGCCGAUGAGAGCUACCAGGCGACCGGACUGCCCAACAAGAUUCCCGUGCUCGCCCUGAUUCACCCCAGGAACCCCGACGUGGUCUACUUCUUUCUGGAAGAGCACCUCUUCGGCGUUGACGUGCGUGCGCGAAAGGUAGUGGAGUGCGAGCUCUAUGGGCUGGUUGCGCCGCCGAGCUGCCGCAUGGCCAGCCGCUUCGUCCGUGCAUGGGAGCUGCCUCGGGCACUCUCCUCAGGUAACUGGACUGAUGGCAUCAACUUGGCUGAAGAAACCUACACGCGACCAUACAAGCCAUCACCAGGGGACUACCACUUGCUGGGAGAUACCAGGAUGACAUUCAUAGGAUGAAUUGGAGGAACGUGAAGCAAGUCCUAGGUGGCAGGUGUAAUGCUCAAUUCAAGUUAUGGAGCGGGUGCAUCGGACAUGAUAUGGUCCGUCCUGAUGACAUACUUGUUCCCGCAAAGUAGCUUAAUAUGUCUUUAAUUAUCGGAUGGAUUGAUCCAAGUGCUGGGUGAACACUAUCGAUUACUUUGUUUUAAGCUCUCCAUGGCAUGGAUGGAACACUAGCUUGUACUGGAAGUGUGACUUGGUUUCGGUGGCCAUUUGAACUGCAGAAGCUGUGAUUCUCUUCUCGGUUAUUUCCUGCUGCUCUAGUUCGCUGCAUUUGAUCAACCAUGCUUAAAUUUGCUUUGUUC